AUAUGAUGUCUCCUCCUCUGUUCGUUGUUGUGGCUCCCCCUCUCUCUCUCUCUCUCUCUCUCUCUCCUGCGAAAAGCCGAGGAAGAAGCACAGCAGAGACACGAAGUAAUCAACCCUAAAACCCAACCCCAUCUCCCUCUCUCUCAGAUCCCGUGAGCUCGUACCGACAUCUCAGAUCCCCAAAUCGAGCUCCAAUUCAGAUCACCCACACACGAGCCAUAACCUUGUUCUUCCCGAUCACGCAUUCGACCCGGGGGGGUGGGGCGGGGGCGGGGGGGGAAGAGUGUUUCUCGAGCGCCCCAUGACGCGGCGGUGCUCCCAUUGCAGCCACAAUGGGCACAACUCCAGGACCUGCCCCAACCGCGGGGUCAAGCUGUUCGGGGUCAGGCUGACCGACGGGUCCAUCCGGAAGAGCGCCAGCAUGGGCAACCUCAGCCACUACGCCGGCUCCGGCUCCGGCUCCGGCGUCGGCCUUGGGGGCGGCGGCGGGGGCAACAACCCGGGCUCGCCCGGGGACGGCCCGGACCACGGCGACGGCUACGCGUCCGAGGAUUUCGUUCCCGGGUCGUCCUCGAGCCGCGAGAGGAAGAAAGGUGUUCCUUGGACUGAAGAGGAGCACAGAAUGUUUCUAUUGGGUCUGCAAAAGCUCGGCAAAGGUGAUUGGCGUGGGAUUUCUCGCAACUACGUCAUUUCUAGGACGCCGACACAAGUGGCGAGCCAUGCUCAGAAGUACUUCAUCAGGCAAUCUAACGUGUCGAGGAGAAAACGACGCUCGAGCCUGUUUGAUAUUGUGGCAGAGGAAUCGGUUGAUGUGCCAAUGGGAUCAAGGGACUUCUUCACGGUCAAUGAACAACAGCCGGAAACAGAAGUAAAUGAUGCCUUGCAGCCACCUGUUGUUGACGAAGAAUGUGAAUCUAUGGACUCCACCAACUCGAAUAACGGAGACUCAGCCCCGCCAAAGCCGGAUAUUUCACAAUCACAGUCGUCUUAUCCAAUGAUAUACCCAGCCUACUUUUCGCCGUUCUUCCCGCUUUCAUUCCCCUUGUGGACAACUGGGUUCGGGGCGGACAACUCGACCAAGGAGAUGCACGAGGUGCUCAAGCCCAUGGCGGUUCACUCGAAGAGCCCGAUAAACGUGGAUGAACUUGUCGGCAUGUCGAAGCUCAGUCUAGGAGACUCCAUCGGCAACACUGGUCCCUCUUCUCUAUCGCUGAAACUGCUCGAAGGAUCUAGUAGCAGACAGUCGGCUUUCCAUGCCAACCCGGCCUCCAGCACUUCAAGAAUGAACUCGAGCAUUGUGAGUUAAUCAGAAAAAAGACAAGCGGGAAACCUUUGGCUCAAAGGCUGCGAUCUGAUCUAUCAACCGAGUGCCGAGGUGAGCUUUGUGUUAUUGUUAAUAGAAGGGAAAUAAUGUGCAGUCUGGUCUGAGCAGUUCUAGUAUAAUUGCCUUUGUAGGAUACCUUGAAUAAGGUCGUCGUCAUUCUAUUUAGUGGCAGAGAACAGUUCCUAGAUUGUAGGUUUUAGUAGCAUCUGUAGGAAAUUCAUUUGGAUCUCAUAAUUCAGUGUCUUUCUCAAAAGCUCUUUAAUGUUUACUAAGGAUAGGCCAGCA